CGGGCCGCGGUGACGGGCGAGCUCCGGGCCGGGACAAAGGGCCAUGGCCGAGCGGGCCGCUGCCCAGGCUCCAGAAUGGGACAUGGAGUCUCAGCACUGGCCCCUUUCACAGCCCCACGCUGUCCCCCGACGGACUUCUGCGAGAGAAACCCCGCUGCACACGGCGGAGAUCUCCCUGACUCUAGUCGCUGCCGUUCAAGCUGUGGAGAGAAAAGUGGAUGCUCACGCCAUCCGGUUGCUGAAUCUGGAAGGGAGAACAGGGACGGCUGAGAAGAAAUUGAUAGGUUGUGAGAAAACCGUGGUGGAGUUCGGGAACCAGCUGGAGAGUAAGUGGGCCGUGCUGGAGACUCUGAUCCAGGAGUACGGGGUCCUGCAGAGGAGGCUGGAGAACAUGGAGAACCUGCUGAAGAACAGGAACUUCUGGGUCCUGAGGCUCCCCCCAGGGACUAAGGGGGACGUCCCCAAGGUCCCCGUGCCGUUUGAUGACGUCUCCGUCUAUUUCUCCGAGCCGGAGUGGGAGAACUUAGACGGAGGGCAGAAGGAGCUGUACAAGAACGUGAUGAAGGGGAAUUACGAGACCCUGAUCUCGCUGGACUACGCCGUCUCCAAACCCGACAUCGUGUCCCAGAUAGAGCAGGGGGAGGAGCCGUGUGUCAGAGAUCGGGAGGACUCCGAGAGCAGAGAGAUCCCUCCGGAGCCCUGCUCGGAUAGCAGGGUGGUGGUCAAAGUGGAGGAGGAGAGCCCUGAGGAGGAGCCGGAGAACAUGGAGCUACAAAGGACGUUGCCGGAAAUGGAGGUUUUCCAGUGUCCGGAGCAGGGAACAGCCCGUGAGGAGAGCCUGUGCAGCCCCGGGAGGGAGCCAGCGGACCUGCCCGGAAACGGCCUGGAGGAGCCGACUCGGUGCGGGACAGACCCCCAGGAGCUCAAGCCGUUGCUUGUUCACCUGCAGAGCCCCGCGGCAGCCAGGCUGUUCGUCUGCGCCGAGUGUGGGAAGAGCUUCCGCAGCCGGCAGCAUCUUACCCUGCAUCAGAGGGACCACGCGGGAGCAGGGCCCUGCCUGCCGCAGCCCAGGGAGAGCUUUGCCCUGAAACCCGGCCCCAGACCCCACCCCGGGGCCCAGGCGGGAGGCAAACCCUACAAGUGCUCCGAGUGCGAGCGCAGCUUCUGCCACAAGUCCAGCCUGCGGAAGCACCACCUGGCUCACACCGGGGAGCGGCCCUACACUUGUGCCGAGUGCCGGAAGAGCUUCAAACAGAGGGUGAGCCUGGUGCUGCACCAGCGGAUCCACUCGGGGAGGAGCGAAGGCUCCUUCAUCUGCACGCAGUGCGGCAAGUACUUCAGCCACCACUCCAACCUGACGCGGCACCUGCGCAUCCACACGGGGGAGCGGCCCUACAAGUGCACCGAGUGCGAGAAGAGCUUCACGCGCAACCAGUACCUGGUGGAGCACCAGCGCAUGCACGCAGGCGAGCGCCCCUAUCACUGCGCCGAGUGCGGCAAGAGCUUCCGUUACAAGCGCUCGCUCUACUACCACCAGAACAUCCACCCUGGGAAGGGCUUCCCCGGGCCGGGGCCAGGGCCAGGCCACGUGGGAUGGACCCUUAUGCCUGUGUGGAUCCCCCUGCAAGAGCAAGGCCUGGGUUUUAAUUCAAUACAGAACAUAACAGAGAAGCUACCUCCAUCCCUGGCAGAAGAGCUGGUGAAACCCACCACCAGCCAGCAGGAGCAAGGAUGGCGCAUGGUGCCAGUGACGUUCGAUGAUGUUUCCGUCUAUUUCUCUGAGCAGGAGUGGGGGAAAUUGGAUGAUUGGCAGAAAGACCUUUACAAGAACGUGAUGAAAGGCAACUACGAAUCAUUGAUCUCACUGGACUACGCCAUCUCCAAACCUGACCUUCUGUCCCGGAUUGAACGGGGGGAGGAGCCGUGUGGGGGGGCUCAGGAGGACUCCGAGGAGAGCGCGAUCCCAAUGGAGCCUAGCACAGAAUCGCUGAGCCUUACUCAUGACACUGUAUCGUGGGUAAAACAAGAAGACCUGUACAUCAGGGAUCAGUGGGACUCAGAGGAGAGAGCGAUUUCUACAGAGCCCAACACAGCAGAUGACGAGGUUGUAGUCAAAGCUGAGGAGGGAAUCCCGGUGAACCUGGAGCUUUACAGCACGUUGCCUGGACAACCAGAAGAGACUGUUUUCCAGUACCCUGAGCAGGAACCGAUCUGUGAUGAUCAGGGCAACGUCAGCAUCCAGGGAGAAUACCCUGAUGGGAACAGACUGGGGGACUCGGCUGCAGGCGAGGGAGACUUCAGUAACUUCACCACAAUCAUUGUCCAAGAGGAGAGCCUCCCAGGAGAGGCGCCGUACCUCUGUUCUGAAUGUGGGAAAAGCUUCCUCUACGAGCAGCAGUGCGUACUGCACCAGAGGAUCCAUGACGGAGACCACACGCCUCCUGAGUGCAGGGAGAGCUUCAAGCAAAACCACUGCCUCAAAUCCUGCCCACAGAGCCAGCCGGGGGAGAGACUCUAUAACUGCCCUGAGUGCGAGCGGAGCUUCCCUCACAAGUCGAGCCUCAGCAAACAUCAGCUCUCCCACACGGGGGACCGGCCGUACACUUGUGCUGAGUGCAAGAAGAGCUUCCGGUUGAAGAUCAACCUCAUGAUACACCAGAGGAGUCACGCGGGGAAGAGCAGGGGCUUGUAUAUCUGCAACGAAUGUGGGAGGGGCUUUAACCACCAUUCGAACUUCAUUAGGCACCAGAUGAUCCACACUGGGGAGAGACCCUAUGGCUGCACCGAGUGCGGGAAAACCUUCAUGCGGAAGGAGCACCUCCUGACCCACCGGCGCCUGCACACGGGAGAGCGGCCCUACCAGUGCACCGAGUGCCGGAAGAGCUUCACCCGCAAGCAGCACCUGGUGGGACACCAACGCAUCCACACGGGGGAGAAACUCUGGGGGACGCUGGCAGCACAGAGACGCUUGCACGACCUGCCAGGCAAAGUGCACAGGGGAGAGCCUGUGUCGCUGCACUCGAUGCACAAGGAGUUCCCCCCGGGUUUGCUGAGCUACUCCGGGGAGUCAGGCCCCGUGCUGCCGCAGAGAGCGGAGCGCCCCGGCGCAUCGGCCCCUCCCCGCCGCCUCAGGCCUGCGCUGCCUCAGCCAGGGGCGAGCUCCAGAUCCUCCCGCCCGGCGGAGCUCCGGCUGCGCCUGGGCCGGGAACAAAGGGCCAUGGCCGAGCGGGCCGCUGCCCAGGGUCCAGAACUGGAUGCAGUGACACAGUGCCCAUCUCCUUUACCGCCUCCCAUUGUCCCUGAACGAACAUCUGAAAGAGAAACUCAGACUGCAGAGAUUUCCCUGACUGUUGUGGCAGCAAUUCAAGCCGUAGAGAGGAAGGUGGAUUCUCAUGCCACACGGUUGUUGGAUCUGGAGGGGAGAACUGGGAUGGCUGAGAAGAAAUUAAUAGACUGUGAGAAAACAGCAGUGGAGCUUGGCAACCAGUUGGAGAGUAAAUGUGCUGCACUGGGAACUCUGAUCCAGGAGUACGGGCUACUGCAAAGGAGGCUGGAGAACAUGGAGAACCUGCUGAAGAACAGGAACUUCUGGAUCCUGAGACUCCCCCCAGGCACUAAUGGAGAAGUCCCUAAGGUGCCCGUGACAUUUGAUGACGUCUCAGUCUAUUUCAAUGACAAGGAGUGGGAGAAACUAGACGAAUGGCAGAAGGAACUGUACAAGAAUGUAAUGAAGGGCAAUUAUGAAUCUUUGAUCUCCUUAGACUCUGCAAUUUCCAAACCUGGUGUUUUGUCACAUUUCGAACAAGGAGUAGAGUCACGGGUCAGAGGGCAGCAGGACUCAGAUGAGGAGAGAGAAAUCCUUACUGACCCCGGUGCAGCAGGUAUAAGGGUUGUGAUCAAAACAGAGGAGAUUAAUCCUGAGGACUGCCCUGAAAACCUGGAGCUGGACAGAAUGUUGGAACGAUCAGAAGGAAGUUUCCAGAAUCCAGACCAGGAAGUAACCCGUGGUAGUCCGUAUGGCUCAGUAACGCCUCCGAGAAACCCCUCAGGGAACUGUCUGGAUGAGUCCACCGAAUAUAAAACAGAUUUCAGUGAAAUCAGAAGAGUCAUUGUUCAGCAGGGUAACUGCACAGAUGAUGGGAUUGUGAUCAAAACUGAGGAGGAGGAUGAUCCUGACACCCUGGAGCCAUAUGCCAUGUUCUCAGGCAGAGCAGAGCAGCAGAUUUUCCAGAAUCAUGAGCAGGGGACAACCUGUGAGGCUCAGUGCAGUUCCAAAAUGCAACAGAGAAACCUAAUCGGAAACAGGCCAGGGCAAUCUGCUCCCUGUGAAAGAGACUCCAGUGAAACGAAGACGGUCAUUGUUCACCAGAGAAACCGCACCAGGGAAAGACCUUAUAUCUGCCCUGAGUGUGGGAAAAGCUUCAUGCUGAAGAUCAACUUUAUAAUCCACCAGAGGAACCAUCUCAAAGAGGGGCCCUACGAAUGUAAUGAGUGCGACUUAAGCUUCAGGAUCAAGCAGCAGUUUAUCCUGCACCAGCGCAGCCACACACGACGGGGAGUCGGCCCAGCCCGGCGUGUGGAGAACUUCAGAGACAAGCACAGCCUCAAGCCAGAGCAGAGAACGCCACCGGCAGGGAAACCCUAUAAAUGCACAGAGUGUGAGAGCAGCUUCAGCCACAAGUCGAGCCUCAGCAAACAUCAGAUCACGCACGUGGGGGAGCGGCCGUACACGUGCAGUGAGUGCAGGAAGAGCUUCCGGCUGCAGAUCAGCCUGAUCAUGCACCAGAGGAUCCACACUGGGAAGAGCGAGAUGUCCUUCAUAUGCCCUCAGUGUGGGAAAAACUUUAGUCGCCCCUCCCAUCUCCUCAGGCACCAGAGGACUCACACGGGGGAGCGGCCCUAUAAAUGCACCCAGUGCGAGAAAACCUUCAGUGAGAAGUCCAAGCUUACCAACCACUACCGCAUCCACACGCGGGAGCGGCCGCAUGCCUGCACUGAAUGCGGCAAAGGCUUUAUCCGCAAGCACCACCUGCUGGAGCACCAGCGCAUCCACACUGGGGAGCGACCCUACCACUGCACUGAGUGCGGCAAGAACUUCACUCAGAAGCACCACCUGCUGGAGCACCAGCGGGCUCACACCGGCGAGAGGCCCUACCCCUGCACUGAGUGCACUAAGUGCUUCCGAUAUAAACAGUCCCUUAAGUACCACUUGAGGACGCACACGGGGGAGUAGGAGCCAAUGGGAGCUGCACCCCACCUGGGCAUUUGAGUCAGGAGUCUUUGUGGAAGGAAGCAGUGGUGCAACAGUGUGUCGGGACUGAUAAUUUGAUGUAAAACAAAGCAAGCAAAUAACAUGCAGCAAAAUUUAAAAGAACAGAAAAAGCUAAUUUAGGGUAAAUAUUCAUCAUAAUGUACAGGAUAUUUUGCUGAAGUAGGACUAACUGCUUUUUAAAUCUAUUCUUUUUGAUAAUAAAUGUGAAGUAACUUUUAUUUGAUAAGCAAAUUUAAGAUUUCAGUUUUUUUAAAUAUAUAAUUUUACACUGUACAUCGUACCUUUUAAUCUGGAAAAUCCCAAAGUGGUUUACAUGCCUUCUACAGGGAUCGUCUCACCUGCUGCUGAGAUGCAGCUGCCCCCGGGUGGAACAUGGCAUCUCUUUAGCAGUGCACAGCAAUAGUAUGUGCUCCAAUCCCGGUCGAGAUUAUUAGUAUAUCCACACACAAACUACAACAAGAAUUUUGUAUGGAUUAUUUAGAUGUAAAAUGAUAACGGAUGGCUUGCCCUAACACAAUCAUUAAUUAUACAAUACAGUGGAAUCCCAGUCACAUUAAAAUAGUCAUGCCACCUGGAAGCCAGCCAGCCAGCCAGCCACCUCUUUAUCGUUCUGGGAAGGUAGACAGUGUCAAGUGGAAAUUUGUCUAGCUGACUGAUGUAAACGCCCCUGCUCUUGCAAUGAAAAGAAUCUACUCAGUUAUCCAGUCUGUCUCCCUGCCAACACAUGAUGUUCCCAAGUGUGUUGGUCAUUCUAAUUUCAAAUGACCCAAGUGGUAAAGUUUCCACUGCAUCCCUUGGCCAGCUGUUGUCAGCUGCCCCAUCGCCGCUUUAGAAAGUUUGCAGAUAUAUGCUAACUCUCUAAUGGGCUUUAUGGUCAGGGCUUUGGUGUUCUAUUUCGUCUGAAAGAGCACUGCCCUGGGGCAUUGGCUCAGUGCAUGUUCAUUCAGUAAGGGCUGGGAGGGCAGGGCAGGGCUGGGAGAACCUUGAUGAGUAUGUGGAUCCUUGGAGGAGUCCUCCCAGCCCUAGUUUCACCACAGUGUUCAGACUGAUGUGGAGCCAGGUGCUGGUUUCCCUGUGCAGUGUCCCUGUCUAGUGUGUCCUGCUGUGAAUGGGAAAAAUCAACAGCAGCACAGGGUGGGGUGGCUGUGUCUCCGGUGCUCUUCUGUGGGUAUUUUGGGGUAGAAGAGAUGGCUCUGAAUCUCCUGCAGCCCAGGGACAGGGUGGAAAUAGGAAUAAAGCCUUUGGUUGGGUUUAGAAAACACCCCUUGCUAGAUCCGGUUGUGCCCAGGUCAGUAGGUGUUUCCCAGGGAUCCACCGAAUGGUGAAUAUUCAGGUAUUGAAUUUCAUUUUAUUGUCACACUGGAGUCAGUGCAGAGUGAGGGACCAAUAGAUCUUCAUACUGGGCUAUAAACAAUCCAGCUUUGUGCUACUGGAUUACUCAUUCCUCCCAGUGCCUUUUUCUGAAAUUCUUACAGCGCCGUGAUUAUUCCAGGUCUGUCAUUUCAUGAUUCUUGCAGUUCACGUGAUUAGUGGCAUCAAAUUUAAUUUUAUUGGCUUUUGUCACAGAUUAAAUCUAGAGAAAUUUGAGCUGAAAAGUCGUAUUAGUACAGUCCACUCCUGGGUGCCAGUGUAGAAUCCUCUCCUAUUGGAUGAAAUUCUCCCCUGUGCAGAUGGCCAGCAAUUGGGUGAGUUAAGUAGGAUUUUAGUGGUGCCAGCACCUUAUUCUGGCCUGACCAUAGAUAAAUUGCACCCGUUUGGACAAUUAUCUCCAAUAAACCAUGGCGUUUUUUAUUUUUUUAAAGCUGUUAACAUGUUUUUCAGACUAAAUUGUGUGCUACGUAAAAAUAAGCAUCUCAUUAGAGGUAUCAAUGUAUGUUUUAUUUAUAUAAAAUGUAAUGUAUUAGCUAGCUAUGCACUGACUCUAUCUUAAGCACUUAUGUGGCCCCAAUUAUCAUAGUAUCUAAGUACUUUACAACCUGUAAUGUGUUUAUCCUCUCUCACUCUGUAAGGAAUUGAACUGAGGUCCUAUACGUGCUAAGCAACAGCUCUAAUCACUGGACUACCCUUGCUUAGUGAGCCCGUACAACCUGAUUUCGCAAUAGAGCAUUUCAUUGCAAAUUGCAGUUGUACCUCCCUCCCCCAAAUUAUAAUACAUAUUUCCUCUGGCUGUUUUAAUUGCAUGGCUCUAAUGCUUGGAAUUGUCUUCUUCCAGAUAAAAUACAAGCAUUCUGGAUCAAGAGAAUUUAAAAAGUAACAAGAUAUGCUACAAAGAUAUUGGGAACCAAUAUAAACCCAGUCAGUGAUUCGGUGGUCAGGGACUGUCUCAGCAUUUGAACUAUGGACUCACUGCUGGGUAUCCAUACUAUUUGGAGACUGGCCUGUUCUGUGAGCUCUUCCCCUGUGCAGGUGGUGCUGCUCAUGCCCAGAGCUGAGGAAGAAUCUUCUCUGGGUUUUGCUUUAAAUGGCUACAGGCUGGUUCCCAGGCUGCACUCUGUUUCGUCAGCAUAGCUGCUGUGCCCAUCGCCUAGUGAGGAGAAACUGGGACUGCCCAGCCCAGCAUGGGAGAGGGAGAGUUGGGGAAACACUAAUGUCCACUCCUGUGCAGAGAUGAGGGGGUGAGAUCUGGAGUCCUCCUGCCCCACUGAGUUCCAUCUGCAUCUGGGCUUGGGAAGGUGGAUCAUGGCUGAACGUGGGCUCCUGCUCAUGUGAGCGAUUUAAUCUAGGAUCUGAAAGCAUAAAGCUGUAUUGCCUCAGCUGAGAGACCCAGGUCUAUUGGCUCAAAGGCUGUAGCAAACUCAGACUUGUGUGUUGUCCAGUGCUGGCCUGUGAGCAUUGGCUGCACGUGCAACACAGCUCCACUCUCAGUUGGGGAAAGACAAUUGUGUUGUACAUUCCAGACUGCAUACGUAUUAUUUUUAAUGUCACGCUUGGAAGGAGGUUUCCUUUUUCCAGACUGGUAAUCCUUUGAAUCAGGCCAGCCAACCCAAACUUUAGGGGCUGUCAUUGUUUCACUCUCUGUAUUUAAGUUUAAAUUAAACCCAUAGCAUCAAGUUCUGCUCUCAUUUUCGUACAGGCACUGAAUGCAGCCGUUAGAAGAAUUUGGCUCUA